UUACCUGUCUGAAAAUACACAGUAGAAGUACCUUGAUGGACAUGAGAUUCUACAGCAAUUUAGUUAAGGGACUUUUCAGAGAAAUGUUUAAAAAACGUGUUUAAUACAUCAGAGACCAGGAUUUCCUUUCAAACCUAAUAUUUGUCAAGUUCUAAAAAGGCUGGAUGCCGCACUUCCCUAAUACAACUACGUAUCGUCUUCCAUUCUCUGUUUUAACAACUGGUUUUCCGACAAAAACGUUCAAUUAUCUUGUUAAAAUUCCUAAAACACAUCUACUCCAAAAUCUAUGAAUAUGCAGAUAUAGUUUUUCUUUUUUGACAAACUACUGUUUCCAAAGUCAACAUCCUGCUGUACUCCUGCUGUACUUCCCAUGAUGGGCCAGCUAAUCUUGAUUUGUGGAAUGAAUCGAGUUCCCCCUUUUCAAUGCAGCCCCUCCAAAAUCACGUUGAUAACGUGUAAAGCAGAACUUCGUUGACAGUCUGGUUUGGUUUUUAAAGAGCCUCAUCUUGUCACAGGUAUUGUGUCAGCUAUUAACCAAAUAAUUAACCAACCUACAAGCUUUUACCACGCUCAAAAGAGUAUGCCAUCUAUAUUACAGAGCCUUUUCUACAUCACAUCUUCACAUUGCAAUUGUAUAAUUUCAGCAGCAGGGUAAGUAAGAUUUGUAAAAUUGUUUAAUUUUUAAAUACUGCUUUAUCUUUCAGCUUACGCACAUAAAAACAUUUUUAUACAUAAUUGGUAAAUGGAGUUUCAAUGGAACACUCCUGUGUGUUUCACCUGUGGCUAUAUGUCCAUUUGUAAUAUUAGGCCAAAUAUAAAGGUGAAUGGGCAACAAUGCAGCCCUAUGACCUCAUCUAUACGUGUAAAUCAUUAUUCAAUAUCCAUCUCUAUCAAACAUUGCCCUCUUGUGGUGAAAAGUAGAGUCAUGGCAAGCAUUGUUUGCUGCUGCUUCCUUAUUGUGGUCUAUUGUCUUGGUUGUAUUAUUUAUUAAUUUAUGGCUCCACAGGGAGAAGUACGAUGAGAGGAACUUCAUGAGGUCAGCGAGUUUCAGUAACUAUCAAGGGACUUUUUCAUGGCCAAACUUAAGUCAUUAUUUUAAUCUGCAUGCUUUCGAUGUAAAAUAAGAUUAUCGGUGCAGAGUGACAGUCAUGUUGGUGAUUGUGGUGACUAAUUUCUACGCUACUGUAUAUUCUGGUGUGUGCAAAGUAACGCCACCUCCCUUGGCAUGGAAGUUCCUCAUUUUAAUACUAUCAACUUUGCAUGUACACAGCUCUGAAAUAGGUGUGGCCCUAUUCUGCAGGUCUGGCAGAGGCGUGUCUUGUAAAAAAAAAAAAAAAAAAAAAAAAUGCAAGGAGGAAAGGUGUCACAAAGGAAGAAAUAAGGCAGGCAAUAGAAUGCCACGGGAAGAGAGAAGAUGAGGAAGAGAUGGGAGGGUUUUUGAGCGCGGAGCUGCCCCCUCAGGCAGUGUAAGCGGAUCUGUGCUGGCCUGGACUCAGGGAGGGAGCAAACAAGACCAAUAACCCCAAAGCAAGCAAGGAAGGGAGCGAGAAAGAGUGGAAAAAAAGAGGGAGAAGCCAGGGAGUAAGGAGUCAGAGGGCGGGACUUUCCGAGAGGCUAUUGGCUCCAGCCUCUGUCAGUCAUUUCACUUCCCCCCCCCGGCUGUGGCAAGAUCACAUAUGAGAGGGCAGGAGGGAGGGGGAGAGGGAGGUACCCUCGCGCGGCUCUCACACUCUCUGUGUGCUUUUUCACAAGAAAAAGACUCAACUGAGGCUGAAACUGAAACAGGGCAACACUCGUAAAAGGAGUGCAGUCUCUUGCUCUCCUGCAUUCUUAGUUUCCUGUUUAAGGAGGCCAUUUUGUAACUCAGCCUGGAGAAGAGGCACAACAAAGUUUGGCAUUGUUUUUGUUUUGUUUUUUGUUUUGUUUUUUCUCUCCCACGGCCGGGAGUUUCACAAUCAAGUUUGGACUUUCUCCCGCCGCACAUCAACGUCUUUAGACCAGAGAGCUGAAGGAGGGAAGGGAGGCGCGCCAGUCUCUCACACAACAUUGCUCGUGCUUGUCAUGCCAGGACAAUAACAGGAGUCUGAAGAGGAGAGAGCACGGAAGAAGUGGCAGAAAGGGAGAAAAGAAAACAACACAACUUCCUGGAUAAGGAUUUCUCCCUUGAUCCAGUGGUUGGGGGUGGACACAGGACACAGAGGAACCAGCACUCUCUGCUCAACGUGUGUGUGUCUCCAUGUGUCAGUGUGUGAACCCCUCUCUCCUCCACUGAGACAGUCGAGUGUGGUUUUUUUAAUGAGAUCUUGGGAGUGUGUAUGUUAAGAGCUCCGGGCAGCUGACAAACAAGACUGUUGAAUGGCUAACGCUAGCCCUUGUAUGUCCUCAGGGGCCAUGGCCCAGGUCUUUUUCCCCCCUGUGGGCUCCUCGCCACCAGGCUCAGCUGUGAUGCAGCAGGGGACCCCCAUAUCCAUGCCCUCCAUGCCUGCUCAGGGGGGGUUUCCUAUGAUAGACCUGACACCGGUGCAGGGUCCCAGUGGGGCUGUGAUACCCUCGCAGCCUCCCACUCCAGCAGGGGUGUCCUUCAUCAUCCAGAUCGGCCUGACCAGAGAAUCUGUCCUGAUGCCCCAGAGUGCUGACCUGGCCUAUGUGAAACAAAUUGCCUGCUCCAUUGUUGACACCAAGUUCCCAGAGUGCGGCUUCUAUGGCAUUUAUGACAAGAUUUUGCUGUUCAAGCAUGACACAACCACCAACAACAUCCUGCAAUUGGUUAACGGUGCCACUGACAUUCAGGAGGGAGACCUUGUGGAGGUGGUGCUCUCCGCGGCAGCCACGUUUGAAGAUUUCCAGAUUCGGCCCCAUGCACUCAAUGUGCACUCGUACCGGGCCCCGGCCUUCUGUGAUCACUGUGGAGAGAUGCUGUUUGGACUGGUCAGACAAGGGCUCAAGUGUGACGGAUGUGGACUUAACUACCACAAGCGCUGUGCAUUCAGCAUCCCAAACAACUGCAGUGGAGCUCGCAAACGCCGUUUGUCCACAACCUCCCUGAGCAGCAGCCAGUCCCUGCGUCUCUCUACCACUGACUCAGUGUACAGUUUAGGGACGGCCUCCACCUGCGCAGAGGACACCAGCCUCGUUCGCUCACACACACAAAUGCCACGGACCCCUAGUGACGCCCGGCGCUUCUACACAGGCCGACCAGUUCAUUUAGACAAGAUCCUGAUGAGCAAGGUUAAGGUGCCGCACACGUUCGCUGUCCACUCGUACACGCGACCGACGGUGUGUCAGUACUGCAAGAGGCUUCUCCGAGGUCUGUUCAGGCAGGGCCUACAGUGCAAAGACUGCAAGUUUAACUGCCAUAAACGCUGUGUGUACAAGGUUCCUAAUGACUGCCUCGGGGAGACAAUUGGAGAAAACAGAAGUAACUGCGAUUUGUUGAGUCCCAGUGCUGACCCUGAGGUGCCCAUGGACUACAGCAGUGAGUACGACGCCUCAGACAAGUCUUCAAUAGAUGACUCAGACGAGGCCUGCAGCAUCCCUGGGUCCUUUUCUCCUGACAACAACCAGGGCGGAACCAGCGGAGACCAGAGUGUUUACAUCCCGUUAAUGAGGGUGGUGCAGUCGGUGAGACAGACAACCCGUCGAUCCAGUACGGCUAUUAAGGAAGGAUGGAUGGUUCACUACAGCAAUAAGGACACACUGAGAAAGAGGCACUUUUGGCGUCUGGACUGUAAAUGCAUCAUCCUUUUCCAGAACAACACAACCAACAAAUACUACAAGGAGAUCCCUCUGUCCGAGAUCCUGGAGGUGCGUCCUGCCGGCAACUUCACUCUCGUCCCCGCAGGAACAAAUCCUCACUGCUUCGAGCUCAUCACAGGCACUCUGUGCUACUUUGUAGGGGAGGACCCCAACGCCCUCCCCACUCCGUCCCCCAGCAACCCCCAGGCUCUCCCUCCCUCCCCCAGCCAAGUAGCACCUAACAGCGGCAUCGGGCGCGAGGUGGCCAAGGUGUGGGUGAGCGUCAUUCGCCAGGCUCUCAUGCCAGUCAUCUUUCAGGAUGCACCACCAGCUGAGGGAAACACAACUCACAGACAAGCUUCUAUCAGCAUAUCUGUGUCCAACAGUCAAAUUCAAGAAAAUGUGGAUAUUGGUACAGUGUACCAGAUUUUUGCUGAUGAAGUGCUGGGAUCGGGGCAAUUUGGAGUAGUGUAUGGAGGAAAGCACAGGAUUUCGGGCAGGGAUAUAGCUGUCAAAGUCAUCGACAAGCUUCGCUUUCCCACCAAGCAGGAGAGCCAGCUGAGGAAUGAGGUGGCCAUACUGCAGAGUUUACGUCACCUGGGCAUUGUGAACCUGGAGUGUAUGUUUGAGACCCCGGAGAAAGUGUUUGUGGUGAUGGAGAAGCUGCAUGGUGACAUGCUGGAGAUGAUCCUCUCCAGUGAGAAAGGCAGACUGCCUGAGAGGCUCACUAAGUUCCUCAUCACACAGAUUCUUGCAGCUCUGAGACAUCUACACUUUAAGAAUAUCGUUCACUGUGAUCUGAAACCUGAGAAUGUGCUGCUUUCCUCUGCUGAUCCCUUCCCCCAGGUGAAGUUGUGCGACUUUGGUUUUGCUCGUAUCAUCGGCGAAAAGUCUUUCCGACGCUCUGUAGUCGGCACUCCGGCCUACCUGGCUCCGGAGGUUCUGCUGAACCAGGGCUACAACCGCUCGCUGGACAUGUGGUCGGUCGGCGUCAUUAUGUAUGUCAGCCUGAGUGGGACAUUCCCCUUUAAUGAGGAUGAAGAAAUCAAUGACCAGAUCCACAAUGCAGCCUUCAUGUACCCUCCCAACCCCUGGAAACAGAUCUCCAGUGAUGCAACCGACUUGAUCAACAACCUGCUGCAAGUUAAGAUGAGGAAACGCUACAGCGUGGACAAGAGUCUCAGCCACGUAUACUUGCAGGACUAUCAGACGUGGUUGGAUCUGCGGGAGCUGGAGAAUAAACUCGGCGGCCGUUACCUCACCCAUGAGAGUGAUGACAGCCGCUGGCAAAUGUUUGCCCGGGAACAUACUCUGCCUUACCCUGCUCACCUUGUGCCUCCUCCUCCUCACCCCGCCUCUGAUGACGAGGAGGGCGGGGAGGAUGCAGAUAUGAAAGGCCUCACUGAAAGAGUCAGCAUCCUCUGACGAGAGAGAGAGAGACAGAGGACUCAAGCUUAUUUAGGAAGGAGGAAGGAAGUAGGGAGAGGGAGGGAGGAUUGGGAUGGUCGACCUAGAGCCUAACAGAGACAAGUUGUAUGGUUUUAAUGAGAAUAGGGUCCAGCUGUCAAGACUUUCACAGCACAACAUCUGUUUGGCAGCACUCAAUUUUACAGCAAGAAAUCCAAUGUAUCUCUUCAGGCAAUGACUUCCUUUCUUUGCCUCUGCUGUUAUUGGUCGUCUUUCAUCUUUUGAAUUGUUGGACAAUUUUCAUGGUGAAGACGGCUCGACUCUGUGCGGCUGACUUGGGCAGUUUUUACAUCAAACUUCAAAUUAGAAUAUCUUGCACAAAUAAAGAGCGGCGUGUUCUUUUCCUCCAACCGCAAGAUGCUUAUCACUAAAUGAAGCAGGAAAUGCCCAAUCUCCACAGGUGAUAAAGAAGUAGUGUAGGUGUGUUUGUAUUGAGGUGUUUUUCUAAACAAAUAACGGUGACGAUUGAAAAUGAAACUGCCUCCCAUUAAAAGAGAAGUACCAUUUUGGUUUUGGUGUCAUUUAAUUGGACUGACAGGAAUGACAGUCUCUUUUAUGUCUUCAGUAAAGACCGGUUCAAUCUCUUUCCGGUGACGAAAGACUUCCUCUGUGCUGGUAAUUACUAAUGUGCAGGCAUGAAGUCAAACCCAUUUACAUUCACAAGUGCAUCCCCAUAAUUGAAUGUCCUGUGGUGAAAACUGGAGAUAUUGAUCUGGUGGCAGCAUAUCCUGUGGUAAUUACCACGAGCAAUUUCAGCCACAAUAGGCUCUUAGAAAAAAAACACGUGAUUGAACAUGUCAUUUCGGUUUUAAAUGAACUCAGCAUUGAGCUGUCCAUUACCUGAGUCGCCCACUCUCACCAAUCAGUUAUGUAUUUAAAUGGUGAAGAAUAAUAUGUCCUCACAGUUGCGUGUACAUAAGAUUCAAAUACUGCCAAUGAAAGGUUUUUUUUAUACACCUGAGCAGGUAAAUGGAUGCUUCGACAACACAGCUACUUGUUUACUGUUGUUGACAGCAGACCCCUCCCUAUGAUAUAAGUGCAUAAACAGACAGCUUGGAUUACUGAACUACAUUUUGGAGAGUGUAUUUAGUUUGAUUAUUGACAGCCUGUCAUGUCAAUAUGUUGCAUGUCUCUGUGAAGUAGUAGAAUUAUCUAGAUACAAUAGAAAACAUACUGUAGUGAUGAUGUUAUACCCAUGUGUAACCUGAAGUUUAUGUAGUUGUCAAAUGUGCGUAGACUAUAUACCAUGUUUGAAAGGUCAUACUAGCCUUGGUAAUGGAUAAUACAAACCUUGAACAAUAUUCUUUUUUUUGUCUUGGAUGUUUCAUGUAUUCAUCCGUACAUAACUGUCAUCUACAAACAGAGAAAACACACAAAACUGAUCACUCAUGGAUAUGUGAUGAUGAGUCAAUAUUAACAUGUUUAAGAAGGAAGGACCAUUACUGUCGGUCAGGUUUAGGACCUCUUAUUAUGCAGAAAUAAAAUACAAUGCUAGUC